AUGGCCAUGGAGAGGAGAGUGCAGUCCAUCGUGCACUCGGUGCGGGCAGAUGAUGACUUCGAAGAGGUCAUCAUCACACCAUCUGGGUUGGCAUCACCAUCGCAGCUGGGGCUGAUCUUUGCGGAGGAGCCCUCAACGGCAGCUGUGCUGGAGGACCUCACCCUCUCCGCCGUGGGCUUCUUUGGGCUGGACGAAGGGGUCCUGGUCCGGCUGCUGCAGGCCAGCCUCCACGAGCGCGCGGCGACGUUCGUACACCAGCUGAUCAACGUCGCCGUGCAGCGCUGCAGCAGGGAGGCCCACCGCCUGCUGGGCCUCGAGGACGGCCAUGCCGUCGAGGAGUGUCUUCCACUAAACUUUCGGAAAGACGAUUUGAAGGGAAUUCACAAGGAUCGAAUGAAAAUUGGAGCACGUCUGGCUGACGUUGAUCCAAUGCAAACAGAUUGUUCAGUACGCUUUGAUGGUGUGGGUGGUCUUUCUGACCACAUUUCAGCUUUAAAAGAGAUGGUCGUUUUUCCUUUGCUUUACCCAGAAGUCUUUGAGAGAUUCAAAAUUCAACCUCCAAGAGGCUGUCUCUUCUAUGGCCCUCCAGGGACUGGGAAGACACUGGUUGCUCGUGCACUUGCUAAUGAAUGUAGCCAAGGUGACAGGAGAAUAGCCUUUUUUAUGAGAAAAGGUGCCGACUGCCUGAGUAAAUGGGCGGGGGAAUCUGAACGACAGCUUCGUUUAUUGUUUGAUCAGGCCUACCAGAUGCGACCUUCAAUUAUUUUCUUUGAUGAGAUAGAUGGUCUUGCUCCUGUGCGGUCCUGUGAACAAGACGAAAUCCAUAGCUCUAUUGUAUCAACACUUCUGGCACUUAUGGAUGGGUUAGACAGCAGAGGAGAGAUUGUGGUAAUUGGAGCCACCAACAGGCUGGAUUCUAUAGAUCCUGCUUUACGAAGACCCGGACGGUUUGAUCGAGAGUUCCUCUUCAGCCUGCCAAAUAAAGAGGCUAGAAAAGAUAUUUUCAAGAUUCACACACGAGACUGGACCCCUAAGCCACUGGACAUGUUUCUUGAAGAGCUAGCUGAAAAAUGUGUUGGAUACUGUGGUGCUGAUAUUAAAUGCUUAUGUGCUGAAGCUGCCCUCUGUGCUCUGCGCCGCCGCUAUCCUCAAAUAUACAAAAGCAGUGAGAAACUGCAGUUAGAUAUUGCUUCUAUUAAAAUAACAGCGAAGGAUUUUGUCAUGGCUAUGCAGAAGACUGUUCCAGCUUCACGGAGGGCUGUGGCUUCACCUGGGCGAGCACUAUCACCUAUUUCAAAACCACUGCUUGAAAACACACUAGCAAGAAUUUUACAAGCCUUGCAGAGAGUAUUUCCCCACGCAGAGCUUGCUCUAAAGAAGGACCAACAGCAAGAUAAGCCAACUCCUGAAAUGCCUGGUAGACAAGAGGAAAAAUUCCUCAAUUUUAGCAGAAAUGCUUAUUACCAGCCAACAUCUUGCAGGCCACGGUUCUUACUAGUUGGAGAGCCAGGAUACGGGCAAGCUUCUCAUUUGGCACCUGCAGUAAUACAUGCCCUGGAAAAGUUUCCAGUCUAUACACUAGACCUAUCUGUUCUGUUUGUUAGCAUCACAUCAUCGGAAGAAACAUGUGCACAGUUGAUGCGAGAAGCACAAAGAACAGCACCAAGUAUCAUUUAUGUUCCACAUAUCCAUUUGUGGUGGGAGGCUGCUGGAGCUACAUUGAGAGCUAUUUUUACAACACUACUGCAGAACAUUCCAGCAUUUGCUCCAGUUUUGCUGCUUGCAACAUCUGAUGUGUGUCAUGCAGAUCUCCCAGAAGAGAUAAAAGAAUUGUUUAUUAAUGAUGAUGAAGUGUUCAAAAUCCAGUUGCCUAAUGAGGAAGAAAGAAGAACAUUUUUUGAGGACUUAAUUGUAAAUCAAACUGCUAAACCUCCUGCAUCAAAAACUAAGACAGCUUGGCAGACAUUGGAAGUACUGCCUGUAGCACCACCGCCUAAGCCUCCACAGCUGACAGAGGAAGAAAUAAGACAGCUGGAGGAGGAGGAGGAGGAUAUAUUGCGUGAACUGAGGAUUUUCUUAAGGGAUGUGACUCGGAGACUUGCCGGUGACAGACGUUUCAGAGCAUUUACAAAGCCUGUCGACCCAGAGGAGGUACCUGAUUAUGACGCAGUUAUUAAACAGCCCAUGGACCUUUCGGCAGUUCUCUCGAAGAUUGACUUGCACCAGUACCUAACUGCAGGAGAUUUCCUAAAAGACAUCGAUCUAAUCUGCAGCAAUGCUUUACAGUACAACCCAGAUAAAGACCCUGGAGAUCGUCUCAUUAGGCACAGAGCUUGUGCUUUGAGAGAUACUGCAUAUGCCAUCGUGAGAGAGGAAAUGGAUGAAGAUUUUGAACAACGCUGUGAAGAAAUUCAAGAAUCUCGCAAGAAAAGAGGUUGUAGCUCUUCAAAGUAUGCUCCGCCUUACUACCGUGUAAUGCCAAAGCAGAACUAUGUUCCUGGCUGUGAGAAAACAGACCCAAAGUGUAACGAAAGGAUGAAGAUGCCAGCAGCGCCUGUAGAUUCCAGUACACCGUGCUCUGAAGGACUAGGAAUUUUGCCAUUGACUUCACCCAUGCGCUUUGUGCAGUACUCCGUUGAUACAAAGAACGAGAGAGACUGUAUUCCAGGCACAGGACACUUCACUGAUACUGUAUUCCCGAUAAACAGGCCGGUGGCCGCCGGCGUCUCCUCGCCCUUCGGCCAGGCGAGGUGCCGGCGCGCAGCGGUUGCGCAGGUUGGGAGUUCUCGGGUGGCAGGGACGCCCUCACAGCCCGCUCCUUCGCCACCAAACUUCGGCUCCGCGCUAGACCGUCCCGCCACGCACCCAGACAGCUUUUAA